AUGUUCGGAAAUCGAAGGAAGAGGGGAUCUUCCAACCCGCCUCCGAAUAUCUCCAAUCCCAACCCAUCUGCAGCCACGGCCGCUGCUUCGGCUUUCCUAAGGAACCAGGCUUCCAAUGCGUCGCUCUCGUCCGCCGCUGCCGCUGCAGCCCUACGGUCCCGGCCAACGACUCCAAUAUCCGUGGGCGAUGUCCAAACCAAGAGGAUGCUCCGCCGCGCUGGUUCGACCUCAUCCAUGGGAAGCUCGGUCGCAGGAUCCAUAAAGGGACCAGGAGGCGCAAUGCUGGAGCGCAGAGCCAGCAUUGGAUCGAUGAGUGAACGGACCUUUAGGGACCCCUCACCAGCACGGGCCGUACCAAGUGCAGCGGAUGCGCCUCCAGUCCCCGCAAUUCCGAAGAAUAUCUCGCGGACAGCAUCUGGCGCGCAUCGACGAGCGGCCAGUAUGGAAGCACCGGUAAUGCGCGUUGCGUCCCCGCCUCCAAACCGAGCCACUGGACGAGGAUCAAGCCUAGGACCUGCGACCGUUAGGACGCCUCCUGGGAGGUCCGGGCAAAGAUUGUCAAGUCUGCCCAGUGUGCAAGAGCUAACAGGUAUAGAGCGACCAGCAAGUAGAGGGUCCGUCAAUUUUUCCUUACCUACGAGUUCAAGGCCGACAUCACCUGUCAGUCAGAGACGGCUAACAUCUCCUUCAACACAAAGGACAAAUCCGCCGAGAAUUUUCUCCCCUACUAACCCAAAUCUGGUCUAUGACCCCAACACCCGCAGCUUCUUGCCCUUGGCCGAAGUCUUAGCGAUUGAGCAGAAAAUACAGGAUGCUGCACACGUCCCCAUCAAGAAAAAGAAGAGGGUGGCACCUAAGCAAUAUACUGGGACACAUCUUGCAAAUGGCACGGCUGGGGGGAGGCCGAGAGGCACAGCGGUAGAUGAAAUGAGGGCUGCUGAGGAGGCUUCAGAACAGACCGUCGAACAACCUAUAUCCGUACCUGCGCCAGCUCCAGAGCCGGCCCCUGUGCCCGUGUCAGCCCCUAUUGAUCCCACACCUAUUAAGCCUACGAACGCACCGACAACUGCGACUGUAGCAACGACGGCACCGAAGAAGAAGAAAAAGAAGGUGGUGGUGGUUGCGAGCGAGUCUGACAGCGAUGAACACUCAUAUGUUCCCAAUUCAUCUGACAACGAAAGCGAUUACUCUCAACCAAGGACCUUCAAUACUCGGGCAGGAGCGCUGCUGGCCAAGAGGCCAUCGGUCGUGCGAGAAGAUAGGGAGAGGGAGGAGGAGGAAGACGAUACCCACAGACCGGUUGACGGACAACGCGCUCCCAAAUUGAGUGCAGCCACUCGAACGGUUUCACCAACACCACUACCUCGCUCAUCCGCAGGUAAAAGCCAUACCAGAGGUCAACACUCUGCAUCCGUUGCUUCUGCGCAAGGACAAUCUACGAGCCAAUUCACGCCAGCACCAGUUAACUCGGAUACGGCACCCAUCACACCACAGAACAAAGGGCUCACAACAAAUGGGAAUGGCCGUGGUGGCAGAGUACAUUCUGUCAGCCCAGUGCGAACUGCUCAUUUUGCCCCAACUCCUGAUCAUCUAGCCGUGAAACAUCAGCCCCCAGCACGGUCAGUUUCGCCCCGAAAAUCAGCAUUGAAGAAUUCUUCCUCCGAUUCUCCUAGACGGCAGUCUCCCGUGGGUGAAGCCGGCCUUGGCCACAGACAUACCAACAGUGAAGUAUCCAAUGCUUCAAGUGUGGAAUCCGAAGAGCAGCCCCUCCCGAGGAAGAAAGCUGUCCGGGUCAGCUUCGACGAGAGCAAUGUCGUCGUCGUACAGGCAGCUGGACAAGAGCCCAUUGCCCCCCCAGUUACAGCAGGCCCACAGCAGGACCCACGGGCAAAACGAGGUUGGUUUAACAUUGGCAGUCGUGGCAAGAGGGAGCCAACCAUGAUCGAAGACGUUGACGGUAAGAUCAUGCAACCAAGGCCAGCUCUGCCUUCGUUUGGCAGUGUUCGAGAGAGAAAGCACAAUCGGGAACCUGUGGAGGAACGGCCACUGGUGAAGCCGGCAGAACAUGUACAGAGUGUUGACACCUCCGUGGCUACGCCUUCUUCGCCCCUAUUUACCACGCCGACUGGUGAUGUGAUUGAGUUGCCGUUGGGCCAGUCGAAUGAUCAUGCUGUAGGAGCCAUUAUUUCUCAAGAUGCUGCAUCAAAGAACGCCGCCAACAUAUCAAAAUCACGCGAGCCACUGCCUCCUCAAGUGACAUCUGUGGAAGGCAACGAAUAUCAUUCUGAAAGUGACAGUUUCGUUUCCCAGGGUAGCGCGGACAAAAUGGACGUUGGAGUUACUACUGCCAGCAGCGAUGUUUCAACCCGCGGAUUGGAAAAUGGAGCGAUACACGUUGCCUCAGAAGAUGAGGACAAGAUCGACGGGAGCAAGACCAAUGGCGGGAUCCCAGAGAUCUCCGUAUCUUCAGCAACACCUACUCUGGAGGAAACAAAUAAGAGGAGAGAGUGGCCCGACAUGCCUGUGCCUGGUAGCUGGGAGGGGAGCACUAAUUCAGAUUCAGAAAGCGAGUCUCAAGACGAUGGCAUGGCAACUCCUGUUGCGACUCCAGCCACAGUUGGCAUUGCAGAGCCACUUCCUGAAGGAGCUGUUCCAAAUCCUCAUGUGCUGAAUAAAAUACCAGAGAACUCGAAUGGCCACCCUGUCAUUAUGGAGGAAACCGAAGAGUCUGAUGCGAGUCUAUACAGUGAUGCUGCCGAAGACCUAUCAGAUGUUGAAGGUGGCUUCAUGUCAUUGGAUGCUGUAGUCCAAAGCCCGGUUGUUAAAGAAGUAGCUCCUGGCACUGCAGUUACCACUCCUCCCGAGAGCCCUGUAGAAACGAGAGAGAUGACCCAUGAGAAUGGUCAAGUUGGCAAGAAAUCUAGCGCACCUGAACUCAGUGAGGGUUGGGAGAAGGCACAGCAAUAUUGGGGUUCGCUUUCCGCCGAGAAGAAAAGUCAGUUAGAACAGCAAGCUCGAGAAACAGCAGCUGCAGAAGCAUCUGGAGCGUCCGAUUCAACUAUGGAAGCGCCAGCGCCAUCCCCCAAAGCCAAGAAGAAAAAGAAGGCGACAAUCCAACCAAACCCGGUUGAAAUAGUGGUAGAACCUCAACCCGUUGAGCAUGGACGUACCUACAUGAUCCAGCCUGGAACCAGAGCUCCUGCCGGUAGCUAUAUACCUGCUAUGCGGAUCUCGAUGCGUCCAGAGCCUCCUAGUACAGCGACGGAUAUUCACAUGAGGAAGUCUAUGAGGGCUCAAGGUUCCGUGCGCCAAUCAUGGCGAGAGUCGCCCGAAACUACCCAGCCAAGAGCAACGUUAGUGAAGAAGCCCCAACCUCUGAAUUUACCUCCCCCAGAAACCAGGGCUGAACCCGCUGCUGCGAACACGCAUGCCAGCGCAAUAGCAGCAGCGAACGGGGACGCUAGCAAACCUGCAAAAUCUGCGAAACCUAUACUUCGACGUAAAGGUUCUGGUGAUAGCGAUAGUAGCUUCAAGCGCUCUAGAGCUGCUGAAAACACUAGCUUCAGACGCUCGAUGCGUGGUCCUACCGAUAACGAACUCGGGGGUCAGCAGUCGCCUCUUUCAAGCCGAUUUAGUCUACGAUCAUUAUCUCCUACAGGCUCUACAACGAGUCGCCGCCCAUUCAGUGCAGCUCCAGCUGUAUCUGCACCCCAGGCCCCUCCCCAAACCUCUAUGCGCACAUCCAUGCGGAAUUCUUACAACGCGCCUACGCUCCGUGGUAACAGGGAGCGUGGCAAAUCUCCCGUACGCAUACCUGGUUUCGGGCGCGGGCAAUCUAAGUCUGGCACUGGACGACCUGUGUCUCAGCGGGCAAGCCGUUUUGCUGAUUCUAGCGACGAAGAAGAUACUCGUCCUGCAUUCCGCAGCCGCUUUGUAGAUUCAAGUGAUGAUGAUGAAGAUGUUCUACCACCCCACGCGGGCGGUGGAUUUGGGCGCGGGACUAUGCGGGCGGGUCAGCCUGUACGCGGAAUCCCUCGUCAGCCGGGCGUUGAAGAUGGUGAUUCGACUGAUUUACCAGACAGUGACGACGAGAAACCACCUGCCUCACCGGGCAAAUUAUCCAAGGUGAAACAAAAUAGUACAACUCUAGCUACAUCAAACCAAGGGGCAGCACUUGCAUCUGGCUCUCUUCGCCGCAAUGGGUCGGGCCGGAAUGCUAUGGGCAGCCCAAUCUCACCUACAACUAGUCCAGACGGACGAUCUGGCCGCGGGAAUUUGAUGUCCAUCCUCCGACGCAAGAAGCCGGAUCCUUCUUCCAAGGUCCGGAAACCAGACAUAGAAUCUGCAGCGAGGCGAGAUACACCUCUUGAGCGUUCGAGGUCCGACCUUCAAGCUAUGAAGCGGAAUGGUUCUCAACAUUCGACACUCGGCUCACCCAAACUCCAGAAAAGAAACAAUGUCGCCUCCUGGCCACUUCAGGACCCUGCGCCCGCCCUUGUUAACGAUGAUGGAAGACCAUUGUCAGUUGAUGCAGGGGAUACCGUUGCGAGUGCCGAAUUGGCUAAUGUCAAUACCGCGUCUGUUUCUGCCGCUUCCGCUGCCGUGGGCGGCGAAACCACUACUGAACCAGAUCUGGUAACAAGGCGUUUUACAGUGCAAGGCUUACCUGGGGAGUUGAAUUCGAACGGCACUGACAAGGCGGCGAAGAAGAAGAAAUUCGGGAAGCUGAGGAGAAUGUUCAGGCUUGACGACUGA